GACAAUACCUUAUAACUAAACUACACCUGUAACACACAAUAUAAUCUUUCUGUUUCGCAUAUUUUACUUAAAACGUGAACGCAUAUUUGUGUAAAAAUGGGACUUAAAGAGUUUUUUGGUAUAGGUUUGCCAAGGACUGCCUGGAGAGAGCCUGAUGAGAACUUCAGAUGGAAAAUAGAAACAGCACAGAAUCUUCAAAGAGAGAUUAAAGCUAUCGUACCAACAGAAAAGUCUGGUCUAAAACAUUUUAAAGCUCUGAUAAUUGGCAGUCAUGGACACGGGAAAUCUGCGUUGAUAAACACAUUUGCUUCAGUAAGUGCUGGUAGAAAAACGACUGUUUGUAAUUCUGCUACGUUGGAAAGAAAUGUUACAACGCGUUACAGACAUUUUCAGAUCCCUGGUGAAUUAGAGCAAUGCGUUUUUGGGGAUAUUUCUGGGCUUCCAGUAUCAGAGGAUAUAGAACCAUUUCUAGAAGAUAUCAAGUUAAUUCUUGAAGGACGUAUCAAAAGUGGAUAUACGGUCAGUUCAACUCUUAUGUAUUGGAUAAAACGAUAA